AUGGAAGCUCUCAAAGCUUCCACUUUCUCUUUUCUUCACGGCCCGCCGAGAAGUCUCAAAAUCCUAGUCGAAAAGUUCGUUGCACCAACUCGGACCUUCCCUAAACCUUAUCCGCUCAUUCGCGGCAAUACCUUGAAUUUCAGGGUUUUCAGCGCCAUUUCCCCGACUGAGGAGUUGCGGUCGCCCGAUCAGGAAAUCCAACCGGAAAAGAGAGACGAGAAGUUCGACUGGUACGCCAACUGGUACCCGGUGGUGCCGGUGUGCGAUCUCGACAAGAGACGGCCACAUGGGAAGAGGGUGAUAGGUAUUGAUUUAGUGAUUUGGUGGGAUAGAAAUGAGAGCGCGUGGAAGGUGUUUGCCGAUAGCUGUCCGCACAGAUUGGCUCCGUUGUCUGAAGGGAGGAUCGAUCAGUGGGGGCGAUUGCAGUGUGUGUAUCAUGGCUGGUGCUUUGGUGGCGCCGGUGACUGUAAAUUCAUUCCUCAGGCCCCGCGUGACGGCCCUCCGAUUCAUACUUCCAAGAAAGCAUGUGUAGCUGUUUAUCCGAGUUGCGUGCAAAAUGGCAUCCUUUGGUUCUGGCCAGAUUCAGAUUCACAGUGUAGUGACAUAUUUUCGAAGAAGAAACCACACUUUAUCCCAGAACUUGAUGAUCCUAUCUACACCAAUCAGAUGAUAUGCAGAGACAUACCAUACGGGUAUGAAAUUCUAAUUGAAAAUCUUAUGGACCCUGCUCAUGUCCCAUAUGCACAUUAUGGCAUUAUGAGAAUGGCAAAAGCCGACAGGGAAGGAGGUAGACCUCUCGAAAUAAGCGUUAAGAAACUAGAUAUAAAUGGGUUCACUGCAAAGCAGAUUUUCGGGGAAAACUAUUUCAUUCCACCUUGUCUCUACUAUGGCUAUUUCAGUCCUGGAGGGGGUCAAACCACAAAUAAGACGUCAUCAACUCCAAAAUUUGGUGUGUUGUCAUCAGCCGUUCCCCCAGACAGAAGAGCUCUGCUUAUUUUCUACUGUAUUCCGGUCAGCCCUGGUCAUAGCAGAUUGAUAUUUGCAUCCCCAAGAAACUUUGCAGUCUUGAUAGAAAGAAUUUUCCCACGUUGGAUAUUUCAUAUUGGGCAAAACUUAGUCUUAGAUUCCGAUCUCUAUCUUCUCCAUGUUGAGGAGCGCAAAUUGGCGGAUAUUGGUCCCCUCAAUUGGAAUAAUUCUUGCUAUGUUCCAACAAAGGCGGAUGCUCUUGUGGUCGCAUUCAGAAGGUGGUUAAACAAGUAUGGAGGGACGAAAGUUGACUGGGGAAAUAAAUUUAGCGGAUUAUUGCCACCCACUCCUCCUAGAGAGCAGCUGUUUGACAGGUACUGGUCUCAUACAGUUAGUUGUAGCAGCUGCAGUAUCGCGCACAAGUAUCUGAACGUGCUUGAGAUAGCCAUGCAGAUUAUCUCGAUUUCUGCAAUCGGAUUAGUUGCAGCCGCCAAACAGGGCAUAGUCUCUGUUUCUGCAAGAUACAUUGUGGUUUCUGUUGCCGUUCUGUGCUUUAUAGCUUCAAAGUGGCUGUCGAAUUUUAUUUACAAGAAUUUCCGGUACCAUGACUAUGACCAUGCCUUCCGUUAA